CGGCUGCGACGGUGCAGCGGGCUGAACCUUGGCCGCGCCACAGCCGGGCCGGAGCGCAGCAGCCGACGGGGUCCGGCCGGGAUGGUGCAGCGGCGGUUCCAAGGCGCACACACGCCCUGAGUGGGCCCAAGCUGGGCGGUGCGCCCCCCGCGCCCCCCGCCGCCCCGAUCCCGGCCGGCAUGAUGUGCCUGGAAUGCGCCUCGGCGGCGGCGGGCGGCGCGGAGGAGGAGGAGGCGGACGCGGAGCGGCGGCGCCGGCGCCGGGGGGCGCAGCUAGGGGCUGGCGGUGGUGGUUGCUGCGGGGCACGGGCAGCGGGUGCCGCUGGAGUCGCGGCCGCCGACGAUGAGGUUCAGACGCUGUCAGGCAGCGUGAGGCGAGCCCCGUCCGGACCCCCUAGCACCCCCAGCACCCCCAGCUGCGCAGCUGCUGCCAAGGGCCCCGGCUCGCAGCAGCCCAAACCCGCCAGCUUGGGCCGCGGGCGGGUGGCAGCCGCCGCCAUCCUCAGCUUGGGCAACGUGCUCAACUACCUGGACAGGUACACCGUAGCAGGAGUCCUUCUGGACAUCCAGCAGCACUUCGGGGUCAAGGACCAAGGCGCAGGCUUGCUGCAGUCAGUGUUUAUCUGCAGCUUCAUGGUGGCUGCCCCCAUCUUUGGUUACCUGGGCGACCGCUUCAACAGGAAAGUGAUCCUGAGCUGCGGCAUUUUCUUCUGGUCGGCAGUCACGUUCUCCAGCUCCUUCAUCCCCCAGCAGUACUUCUGGCUGCUGGUCCUGUCCCGGGGGCUUGUGGGCAUCGGCGAGGCCAGCUACUCCACCAUCGCGCCCACCAUCAUUGGAGACCUCUUCACCAAGAACACACGCACGCUCAUGCUGUCUGUCUUCUACUUUGCCAUCCCACUGGGCAGUGGCCUGGGCUACAUCACUGGCUCCAGUGUGAAGCAGGCGGCUGGAGACUGGCAUUGGGCCUUGCGGGUGUCCCCUAUCAUGGGCAUGAUCACAGGAACACUCAUCCUCGUCCUGGUCCCGGCCACUAAGAGAGGCCAUGCCGACCAGCUCGGGGGACAGCUCAAGGCACGGACCUCGUGGCUCCGAGACAUGAGAGCCCUGAUCCACAACCGCAGCUACGUCUUCUCCUCCCUGGCCACGUCGGCCGUGUCCUUCGCCACAGGGGCCCUGGGCAUGUGGAUCCCGCUCUACCUGCACCGCGCCCAAGUCGUGCAGAAGACGGUGGAGACAUGCAGCAGCCCGCCUUGUGGGGCCAAGGACAGCCUCAUCUUUGGGGCCAUCACCUGCUUUACGGGCUUUCUGGGUGUGGUCACGGGGGCAGGAGCCACACGCUGGUGCCGCCUGCGGACCCAGCGGGCUGACCCACUGGUGUGUGCUGUGGGCAUGCUGGGCUCUGCCAUCUUCAUCUGCCUCAUCUUCGUGGCCGCCAAGAGCAGCAUCGUGGGGGCCUAUAUCUGCAUCUUUGUCGGGGAGACACUGCUGUUUUCUAAUUGGGCCAUCACUGCAGACAUCCUCAUGUAUGUGGUCAUCCCCACGAGACGGGCCACCGCCGUGGCCCUUCAGAGCUUCACCUCUCACCUGCUGGGGGAUGCCGGCAGCCCCUACCUCAUUGGCUAUAUCUCUGACCUGAUCCGCCAGAGCACCAAGGACUCCCCGCUCUGGGAGUUCCUGAGUCUGGGCUACGCCCUCAUGCUCUGCCCCUUCGUCGUCGUCCUGGGGGGCAUGUUCUUCCUUGCCACUGCUCUCUUCUUCCUCAGUGACCGUGCCAAGGCUGAGCAGCAGGCUCUCCCACCUCCCCCUGGGGCUGACGAGGUCCCUGCCCAGCACCUCCGGGCAGCUGGCCCCCGCGACGCGAUGUGCCAGAGCAGUGCCUGGGCCCGGCCCCCGCUGACCGGCCACCUCGACCCCCACCCGUCUCUCCCCCAGGGUGAACGAACUGGUGAUGCCACCUGCAUCCGUGAAGGUCUGAGGCGGUGCCUCGGGGACUACGAAGAAGCUCCAGUCCCACCUAAUCUGGGUGUCCUACAGCACCUCGGCCCUGCUGUGCUGUCCAGCUUCCCGUGUGACCUUCGGCUGGGCGCCCACCCGCUCUGGUCUGGGACUGCUGAGUGGCCAUGGCUCCAAGAGGAGGCCAUGUCCUCAACUAACCUGGAAGGCUGUGUGGGCUGGGGCCACGUGGCUGGACAGACCCCCAACCCUGGGUUUGGGCUGCAAGGCCCCUGGGGGCCAGGGAGAAGACAGCCCCCAUUGGGUGUGUGGAGAGAGCCUGGCCUGUCACCAGCGUAUAUGACCCUGGGCAAUUCCCUGCGCUCUGCAGACUGUGGGGUCAGGCGGCUGGACUGGCCCACGCAGCUUGCUGGACAAGGCACGAUCUGUAGCUUUGAAGACCCGACAGCUCCUGGACGGCACAGAGAGGAGGUAGCCCAGGCCUCAGGGUGGCAGUUCAGGCUCUGAGGCUCUGAAGGGCCUGGAGUGUGAGGACCACAGCCUUUCAGCUGGGCCUCCGACCUCGGUGACAUCAGACUCAUCCUGCAGAGCCGGGCACCCGUGUCACUGGGCACUUCCCAACCUGGCUGGUCACUCUGGAGGGUACUUGUCUCUACUGCCUUGGGCUGGCUCUCAGCCUGAAGAUCUCUCAGGUGGGGACCAUCCCAACAGGGAGCUGGCAUCACCAGGGGUGAAGGCCCUGGUGACUGCUACACACCAUUCGUGCCCCCAGGACUGAGAUAUUUGGGGAGCAGCCCCUGGAGACCCUCUGCUGUUCAUCUCGUCCUGGACCCCUCCCGCCCCCCAGAAGCCAGGACUCCUAUACCAGGCUGGGUCCUCUCCAGGGGCAGGGCCCAGAGGACUAUUCCCAGAAUCCACGGGGCAGUAGCCAGGGCUCUGGCUGCCAGUGGCAGCAGGCACCCACUAAGCUUCCUGACCCAGGGAGCAGCCUGGGGGAGGCUGAGGCCAAGAGACCAAUACGCCAGAGCCACCUCUACCCAAACAGCAGCAGCGGCUGUUGCUCACACGCAUUUAUUUCCACAUAGCCCACUGCUGCCCUGGGCCUCUGACCACCCCUAGUCCCGUCCGCAUAUACCAACCCAUCCUCAUAGCCACGCAGGGUGUAGCUGCCAGCUCCACACCAGGCCCCCGCCCCCCGGCGGGGAGCUUCUCAUACCCUCUGCUCCACAUUCCCUCCCUGCACAUCUGCUGGAAUCAAGGUGGUUAUGGUCUGGGGGCCGCUUGUGGCCAGUAGGAGCCCCUAAGAGCCAGCUUAGACAAUGCUCUUUGCCCUGUAGUUACUGGCUGGUGUGGCUUCAGUGGUGUGUAAGCUAGUGGAAUACCCACUCCCCACCGAGCUCUGGGGCACCCUGGGGGGCCUAAGCAGGGGGUGGGAUCCCCCAAAGACCAGCCUGGCCUCUACCCUCAACCCCAACCGGGGCCCCAACAAUGUUUUCUUGUUGUACAAGAACCAGGUCCAAGUGUUGCCUCCUCUUCCUUCCGGAAGCCAAACUGCUCCUUUAUUUUUUAGAGCUGCUGAUUGUGAAUCUCAAGAGUCUUAAGAGAGAAGCCAAAUAUAUUCCUCUUGUAAAUGAAGAAAUAAACCUAUUUAAAUCAUG